CCUUAGUACGUUUUGGAGCUUUGUUUUCUUUCGAAACCAUUCACCAUUAUAUUUUAGGUUUCUCGCUUCUACAGAAAUAAUGUUUACGCGACAGUUGUUGUUGACGUUGUUCUUGUGUCACUGCUCUGUAGCUCACGAUCAGGAGAGACGCCUCCCACCCUCAAGUGACCAUGCGAUAACCGAGAUGAGACUCAACUUUAAGGAGGAGAUGCUCAAUUUGAGGGAAGAGGUACAAGAUAUAUUGGGAGGUUCUGAAAGAUCACUUUUUUGGAUGAUCAGGGAAUUAAUUGACGAAGUCAGAGAAUAUAAGGCCGAGGUAGUACAGCAAGACAAAGUGGUGGAACAACUUAAAUCAGACCUAACUACAGCUCUAUACAAACUGGAUGAAGUCAAGGAAAACCAGGUGAUGCUGAAAAAGGGAUAUGAUGUGGUACGAUCUGAAGUCAGGCUAAUAUCUCAACACAAGCUGAGCUGGCAAAACACCACUGCCAGUUACAGAACAGCCGACUUCUUAGUGGACGGGGUUUACACCAGGACAACAGACGAAACCAUCAACCCAAUACAACACAACUUAGCUGGGGUAAACCAGAUAGUCUCCAUUGAUCUGGGAGGUUUCUUCAAAAUACACACCGUCAAGAUCUGGAACAGACUGUCUUCCUACCAGGAGCGAGGCUCGGGUCUCAUAGUCUCCGCAGACCGGGUAAUUAUAGGUGUUACGUCAGGGUCACGUGAUUUGUACAGCGUCGUGGCCGAAACUGAGGUUUACGCCAGAACGAUCACUAUUAGACAACCAAAUGAGGAACACAUCAACCUUCUUGAGGUUCAAGUGUUUGGUUCUGGUCCUUAUGGUCCGGAGGAAUUUGUUUAGAACUUUAGAAGUGAGGGGGAUACAUACAAGAACUAAAUCUAAACAUUAGACUAUUGAGAACGAAGUAAGAAAGGAUUCAUCUAGGCAUUAUUUUCUUGAAACCUGGUUUUGCAUUGAUUUAAGUAAUUUGUGAGUUAACAGAAAUUCGAUUAUAUAGCAGUUUUAUUGUACAAGACUAAAACAGUUAAUUGGCAUAUGAUUUUAAGUCACAAUAUAGGUUAACAUUCCAAGUUAAUUUAUUUUUUACCGCCACGUUUUAUGUUAAAGAAAAUCUUGUGGUAAUUCCUCUGAUAGCCAGAUAAUAGCC